AACUAUAAUUAAUAAACACUAAGAAAUGUAAGACAAGUAAGAAUAAGGAUCUAGCAUAUUUCAUCUUUGCCUUGAAUUUGAAGCAUGAAAUAUAUCAUCUUUACAACCCUGCAUAGCCCUUUUGAACUAGCAGCCUUAACAAGUAAAGAACUAAACCUUUUUUCCAUCACUUCAAGUAUAUACUUAUAUAUAUACAAGUCAUAAGAACCCUAAUUUACACACAACAUUUGUAUCCUAGUUCUGUGUUUGAGGCUUUUUUCUUUAAAACUUUUUGUCCUUCUGAAAUUCCCUUCCCUUGCUUUUUUUGUUUGUUCCAAUACCACACAACUUAGAUAUGGCAAAUGAGCAAAUGAAGCCAAUUGCUACUCUUCUUUUGGCACUGAAUUUUUGCAUGUAUGUCAUUGUUAUAAGCAUUGGUGGAUGGGCCAUGAAUAGAGCAAUUGAUCAUGGUUUUGAAAUAGGUCCAGGAUUUGAUCUUCCUGCUCAUUUUUCACCCAUAUACUUCCCUAUGGGAAAUGCUGCAACCGGAUUCUUUGUGACAUUUGCUUUGAUUGCUGGAGUUGUUGGAAUUGGAUCAUUGAUUUCAGGACUCAACCAUAUCCGUUCAUGGACUUCAGAGAGCCUGCCAUCUGCAGCUUCAGUUGCUGCUAUUGCAUGGGCUCUUACUGUUCUUGCUAUGGGCUUUGGAUGCAAAGAGAUUCAGCUUAACAUCAGAAAUUCUCGUCUGAAAACUAUGGAGGCUUUUCUGAUUAUCCUUACAGCUACACAGCUUUUCUACAUAGCUGCUAUUCAUGGUGCUGCUGCGAUAAGGAGAUGAAUAUAAUCAAUUAUUGAAUGUGUUGGUGUGAUUUUUCUUUUUCUUUACUUCUUUGUUCUACUACUUGAAUUAUUUUAUUUAUUUUUUGGUGUGGUAUAUUACAUGAUUGGAUUUGUAUUGGUUAAGAAUAAUGAAUGUGUAUACAAAAGAUAUUCAACAUUUAUAUCAUCUGUACUAUUUUCACUUC